GGUCCCAGCAUGCAGAGUUCAGAGGGAGGGUCCGAUUCGACGUCCAGUGUGGCGCUGCGUACGUCCACCUCCACCCAGGCCCCUGUGGUGCAGCCCGUCCCAGCCUCACAACAGGUACACUACUACACAAAACCAGGCUGCACUCCCUCACAUGCAGCGCAGUGGUCUAUCUCACUCAACCACAACACUCUUCCUCACAGCACUCACCCCACUACUAACAACACAGAACUCUACAUUUCACCUUUAUUUAACCAGGUAAGCCAGUUGAGAACAAGUUCUCAUUUACAACAUUGACCUGGCCAAGAUAAAGCAAAGCAGUGCGAUAAAAACAACACAGAGUUACAUAUGGGAUAAACAAAACGUACAGUCAAAAACAAAAAAUUGAAAAUCUAUCUACAGUGUGUGCAAAUGUAGUAAGUUAUGGAGGUAAGGCAAUAAAUAGGCCAUAGUGCAAAAUAAUUACAAUUUAGUAUUAACACUGGAGUGAUAAAUGUGCAGAAGAUGAUGUGCAAAUAGAGAUACUGGGGUGCAAAUUAGCAAAAUAAAUAACAAUAUGGGGAUGAGGUAGUUGGGUGGGCUAAUUACAGCUGGGCUGUGUACAGGUGCAGUGAUCGGUAAGCUGCUCUGACAACUGAUGCUUAAAGUUAGUGAGGGAGAUAAGAGUCUCCAGCUUCAGAGAUUUUUGCAGUUCGUUCCAGUCAUUGGCAGCAGAGAACUGGAAGGAAGGAGAUUUAACUUUGGAUUGGAGAUGCUUAAUGUGAGUCUGGAAGGAGAGUUUACGGUCUAACCAGACACCUAGGUAUUUGUAGUUGUCCACAUAUUCUAAGUCAGACCCGCCGAGAAGGUACGGUGGGAUUCGAAAUGGUCGGUGAUCUGUUUGUUAACUUGGCUUUCAAAUACUUUCGAAAGGCAGGGCAGGAUGGAUAUAGGUCUUUAACAGUUUGAAUCUAGGGAGUGUCACCCCCUUUUGAAGAGGGGGAUGACCGUGGCAGCUUUCCAAUCUCUGGGGAUCUCAGACAAUACGAAAGAGAGGUUGAACAGGCUAGUAAUAGGGGUUGUGACAAUUUCGUCUGCAAAUUUUAGAAAGAAAGGGUCCAGAUUGUCUAGCCCAGCUGAUUUGUAGGGGUCCAGAUUUUGCAGCUCUUUCAGAACAUCAGCUGUCUGAAUUUGGGUGAAGGAGAAGCAGGGGGGUCAUGGGCAAGUUGCAGCGGAGGGUGCAGAGCUGGUGGCUGGGGUAGGGGUAGCCAGGUGUUUUUCCACAUCAGAGUACUCGCUCACAAACAUGAUAUUCUCCCAAUGGGAGCCAAACCCCUCUCACACCCAUGCACUGGGGAAGAGCAGCAGAAUUCUCAAAAACCUGUUGAUUUCAUUAAUAAUGUAUCAUGACAGAUUCCAGAUUUAUUACACUUCAGAGCAAUCCUUUAAUGUGAAUGUAUUUCCUGUAUAGUAAGAACCACAUACAGUGCCUUCAGAAAGUAUUCACACCCCUUUACUGUUUCCACAUUUUGUUGUUACAGCCUGAAGUUAAAAUGGAUUACAUUUAGAUUUUGUGUCACUGAUCUACACACACAACACCCCAUAAUGCCAAAGUGGAAUGCUUGUAGAAAUUUUUCAAAAUGUAUACAAAAUGAAAAACUGAAAUGUCUUGAGUUAAUAAGUAUUCAACCCCUUUGUUAUGGCAAGCCUAAAUAAGUUCAGGAGUAAAAAUGUACUUAACAAAUCGCAUAAUAAAUUGCAUGGACUCAUUCUGUGUUCAAUAAUAGUGGUUAACAUUAUUUCUUACAUCUGUAAGGUCCCUCAAUCGAGUAGUGAAUUUCAAGCACAGAUUCAACCACACAGACCAGGGAGGUUUUUACAAUGCUUUGAAACAAAGGGCACCCACUGAUUAAUAAAAUAAAAAAUAAUUUAAAAUAUAGGCAGACGCUGAAUAUCCCUUUGAGCAUGGUGAGUAGGCUUUGGAUGGUGUAUCAAUACACCCAGUCACUACAAAGAUACAGGCGUCCUUCCUAACUCAGUUGCUGGAGAGGAAGAAAACUGCUCAGGGAUUUCACCAUGAGGCCAAUGGUGAUUUUAAAACGGUUACAGAGUUUAAUGGUUGUGAUAUGAGAACUGAGGAUGGGUCAACAACAUUGUAGUUACUCCACAAUACUAACCUAAAUGACAAAGUGAAAAGAAGGAAGCCUGUACAGAAUAAAACUAUUCCAAAACAUGCAUCCGGUUUGCAUCAAGGCACAUGGCAAAAAAGAAAAAAAAUUGUCCUGAAUAAAAAAGGGUUAUGUUUGGGGCAAAUUUUCAAACACGGUGGUGGCUGCAUCAUGUUAUGGGUAUACUUGUCAUCAGAAAGGACUAGGGAAUUUUUUUUUUUGGAUAUAAAGAAACAGAAUACAGCUAAGCAUAGGCAAAAUCCUAGAGGAAAACCUGGUUCAGUCUUCUUUCCAACAGACACUGGGAGAUGACUUCACCUUUCAGCAGGACAAUAACCUAAAACACAAGGCCAAAUCUACACUGGAGUUGAAGAAUUUUGAAAAGAAUAAUGGGCAAAUAUUGUACAAUCCAGGUGUGCAAAGCUUUGAGACUUACCGAAAAAGUCUCACAGCUGUAAUUGUUGCCAAAGGUGUUUCUAACACGUAUUGGCUCAGGGGUAUGAAUACUUAUCUAAUCAAGAUAUAUUAGUGUUUUAUUUUUCUUAAAUGUAAUAAUUUUUCUUCCACUUUGACAUGAGUAUUUUGUGUAGAUCGUUGACCAAAAAUGACUAUUUAAUCCCACUUUGUAACACAACAAAAUGUGGAAAAAGUCAAGGGGUGUGAAUACUUUGUGAAGGCACCAUAAAUAUAUCAACAAUAAUAUAAUAAUAUGUCAUUUAGCAGACGCUUUUAUCCAAAGCGACUUACAGUCAUGCGUGCAUACGUUUUUACGUAUGCACGCAAGCAUUAGCCUACAUGUAGAUAAAGGCAUCAUAAAUAAUUUGAUACCAUGUUGUUGUGUGUGAUCAGGCAUGAGUUUCUGAUUAGUACAAGUAGGACCUAUAACCUUGUAUUGCCACAGCUGUUCAACGUUCUGAGAAAAGGACAUUGGUCGACGAGAGAAUCCAUAGAAACCAAGCAGUAAAUAUCCUUAUGUUAAUAUUUUUGGAUAGCGCAUCAUAUUUGCCUUGACAGCUGGCUAUGCUUGAGAGAAGCCAGUUCUGAACUGAAGGCCUAUACUACACCGCAGUCUGCCACUGACAUAUCUCAGGCUUUUAGAGAAAACUAAUGGUAUUUAUUUUUGUUGUCAUGUAAACAAAUCUCAAUUUAACAUUCCCCUAAAGAGGGAAACCAGGAGUGGUCAUCAGCGACCGCCAAAGAAAAACGCUGGCCCCAAAUAAACAUACAGCUUUUAUCCACUUGCUGCUUUCUGGACCCGGUUUUAGCCCUUGCUUUUUUCUCUUCUAUUGUUACCUCUAUGUCUGAUAAACAUGCCCCGCUUAAGAAUCACAGAGUAAGAAACCGAACCAGUUCUUGGUUCUCUCCUGAAUUGUCAGGUCUUUUUCUGCAAAAGAAUUGGGCCUGGGCCUUGGCGAGGAAAACAGGUACUCCAGCUGAUUGGCUGUUUUUUAGGCAAUUGAGAAAUAAAUGUACUGCAGCUCUCAAAAAGGCAAAAUCAAAUUACUUCCUUAAUGCUAUGACAGAUUCUGCAGGAGAUCCUGCAAAAUUCUGGAAAACCGUUAAUUCACUGAAACUGGGGAAUUCUGCUGUUUCUCUUCCUAAGCAAAUUAUCUCAGACUCCUGUAUUCUAAGUGAAAAAAAUGAUAUUUGUGAUGCUUUUAAUAAGCGUUUCAUCUCUGCUGGUUUUUUAUUUGAAAAGAAAAGUGGCCAUUGUGGUACUGGCCAGUUAGUUGAUUUUUCGUCUUGCUUUUCAACCGUUACUCUGAAAAAUGGUAACCCUGUUUUUAGUUUCCAGAAAAUAACUGAAGCAGAGGUUCUAGCUGCCCUGUGUGCCAUUGAUACUAAGAAAUCCUUAGGCGCUGACAAUUUAGACCCGUACUUACUUAAGUGUGCUGCACCUAUCAUUGCUGGUUCAGUGACACACAUUUUUAAUCUAACAUUAAGCACAGGAAAUAUCCCUAAGGUGUGGAAAGCAGCUUUUGUUCUGCCAUUACAUAAGGGAGGUGACGAUAGUGAUUUGGAUAACUAUCGACCCAUCUCUAGGCUCCCUUGUCUGGCAAAGAUCCUAGAAUCUAUAGUCAACAAACAGUUACAAUAUUUUCUUUCUGUUAACAGUAUUUUUAGCACCAAUCAAUCUGGUUUUAGAUCUAAACACAGUACCACAUCGGCCACUAUGCUUGUUGUAAAUGAUAUUUCAAAUGCCUUAGAUGAUAGAAAGCACUGUGCUGCGUUGUUUGUAGAUUUGUCAAAAGCUUUUGACACAGUAGACCAUGCUAUCCUUUUGAGUAAGCUGUCAUCUAUAGGACUGGGCACUGAUGCCUGUCGAUGGUUUUAUGACUAUCUUAAAGAUAGAACUCAGGCCGUCAUGGUCGACGGGGUCAAGUCUGACCCCUUACAGUUACUUAAAGGGGUCCCUCAGGGUUCAAUAAUUGGCCCACUAUUGUUCUCACUUUAUAUAAACAACAUUGGUGAUGAUAUCAGAUAUUGUAAAUUCCAUUUAUAUGCUGAUGUCACAGUGAUGUACUCUAUUGCUCCAACAGCGGACCAAGCUUUAAUGCAGUUGGAGUCUGAUUUUAGGAUACUACAGGGGUCUCUUUUACAGCUUAAACUUGUUUUAAACGCUAAGAAAACAAAUGUCAUGUUUUUUUCUAGGUCUAAACUCUCAAUUAGAAACACUUUGUAAUCACUAGCUUGGAUGGUACUCAAAUCAAACAGGUCUCUGCAUAUAAAUACUUAGGGGUAUGGUUAGAUGAUAGGCUUUCUGUUAAAAAACAUGUUACUGAAUUGGGAAAAAAGCUCAAAUUCAAGAUAGGGUUCCUUUACAGAAACAGGGCUUGUCUGUCCUCCGUAAAUAGAAAACAAAUUGUGCAGGCUACUUUUAUGUCCGUUUUAGAAUAUGGUGAUAUUAUCUAUAUGCAUGCAUCGGCAAACACAUUAAAACCACUGCAUGCUAUUUACCAUUGUGCACUCAGGUUUAUCACGGGUGAUAGUUACAAAACUCAUCACUGUUUCCUAUAUCAACAUGUGGGUUGGGCCUCUCUAUCUGUGAGGCGAGAGCAACAUGCUCUCUUGUUUAUUUAUAAAGCACCUCCAUAUAUAUCAUCAUUAAUUUCCACUAGAUAUAUUAAUUUUAAAACCAGAUCACAGAUGUGGAUUACAUUAGAGACUCCUGUGGUCUCCACAGAGUUGGGUAGGACUGCCUUCAGUUCCUUUGCACCUUAUUUAUGGAACAAACUGCAGAUCCAGCUUAAGUUAGACACUCUGGUGUCCCUUGCCCAUUUUAAAAAUGUUAUGGAGGAUCAAUAUGAUGUUGUCUGUGAUUGUUUCUGUUGAAUUGUGUUUUUGUUUUGUAUGUUUGAAAUGUUCUUGUCUGUAUGUCUAAAACUGUACAUGUCAACAUGUUUACACAGGGCACAGCCUUAAAAGAGAUCCAGGUCUCAGUCUGUUUUUCCCUGUUAAAAUAAAGAUUACAAAAAAAAUAAUAAAAAAAAAAUGUGUGGGUCGCCUGUAAUUACUGAAAGCCUAGAAUGGGCCGACACAAAAAUGUGUUUGCUGGGAAGCUGCACUGCUGCUGGAUUGGAUAGCAUCAUCUUUCCCACCAGCAUUCAUUUCAUAUUUGUGUUGAAGUUGACAGAAUAAAGGUUUUGCACAAGCCACAAUGCACAUAAGGAAGGAUAUUAUAUCAAAAGUCAUGUAGAAAAUCCAGUCAAAUUCCCUGUUUCUUCUGUGAUUCUCUGAUGCUCUUUAGGGGCUUAGGGAUUGUAGUUGAAUAUUUUUUUUUCUAAAUAGGCAUAGUCUGUGUGUGGGCAUUUUAUGUGCUUACCAAUAAUGGUGCGUUUCCUCUCCCUCCAGAGGGUGCUGGUUCAGGCCACAGGAUCGGCCCAGAAGGGAGCGCAGGUGCAGCAGCUGUCAGUCCCUCGGGUGCAACAGGUCCCUCAGCAGGUACACACUGUCUCCUCCUCACCCCUCCUUCCUUCUCCCCAGCACCCAGGACACUCAGUCAGUAUAGCUUUAGCCACAUGCACAGAGCAUGGCUCCAUUCACAGUAGCAUCAGACAUAUUGAUACCGAUUACAUUCUCCACUGUAUUGUAAGCUUUCUUUCUGGAAUGGUAUGGGUUUCUAACUGUUAGAUCUCAAUUAGAUGUGCUUCAAGUGCUCAGCAGGGAUUUUCUUUUUUCACAGUUUGACACUUUGGUCUCACUGCCACCUACUGACAGCACUGCGUUAAGAUAUGAUCAAGAUUAUGAUUAUGCAAGACAUGAGUUACAUUGAAGGUUUCUUCUGAUUCAUAACAAGCAUAGAUAUCCUAUCUAAUUUCAAGGAAUGAGAAACAGCCUAGAGGUGGAUACUCCCUCUUGAUAAUAGUGCUCAAAGGUUGAUUCAUGGGUUUCUCUCUCUCUGCAUAGGUUCAGCAGGUCCAGCAUGUUUACCCCUCCCAGGUUCAAUAUGUAGGAGAGGGGGGAGAGGCAGUUUACACUAAUGGAACCAUGUAAGUACUGCAGUGCUCUUCAUUUAAGGCAAAGGAACGUGUUCCAGACACCUUUAAAAUGCUUCUAAAUAGAAUACCAUUAAAGCUAAUAGAACACUUAAUGUGAGAUUGUAUAUGUGUAAUUAGGGUUGCAAAGCUACCGGUAAUUUACCAAAGUUACUGGAAUCUUCAUUAAUUCUGGUAAUUAAAACCCUUUCCUGCAGUCAAAUGACCAAAUCGGCCCUCUAGUGGCCUCAUGGGUGGAAUGUUAUUAAUAUUUUUCAUAAUUAAUCAACAUUAUUUCAAUAAACCCACCGAAAAUCCAGUGUUACUAUGUCAAAAAAGUCUGGUAGCACAACCGAUUGGCAAACGUACUGCAAAUUGAGAAAUAAGAAUCUAUACUAUGAAACAAAGAUAAAUAAUAUAUAGAAUGAUAGUAAAAAGUUUUGGAGCACCUUAAAUUACAUUUUGGGCAAAAAGGCAAACUCCGCUCCAUCAUUCAUUGAAUCAGAUGACUCAUUCAUUACAAAACCCACUGAUAUUGCCAACUACUUUAAUGAUUUUUUUUGCAUUGGCAAGAUUAUCUAAUUUAGGUGUAACAUGCCAGCAACAAACGCUGACACUACACAUCCAAGUCUAUCUGACAAAAUUAUGAAAGACAAGCAUUGUAAUUUAGAAUUCCGUAAAGUCGGUGUGGAAGAGGUGAAAGAAUUGUUGUCUAUCAACAAUUACAAGCCACCGGGGUCUGACAACUUGGAUGGAAAAUGAGAAUAAUAGCGGAUGAUAUUGACACUCCUAUUUGUCAUAUCUUCAAUUUAAGCCUAGUAGAAAGUGUGUGCCCUUAGGCCUGGAGGGAAGCAAAAGUCAUUCCGCUACCUAAGAAUAGUAAAGCCCCCUUUACUGACUCAAAUAGCCGACCAAUCAGCCUGUUACCAACCCUUAGUAAACUUUUGGGAAAAAUUGUGUUUGACAACAUACAAUGCUAUUUUACAGUAAACUAUUUGACAACAGACUUUCAGCACGCUUAUAGGGAAGGACAUUCAACAAGCACAGCACAAAUGACUGAUGAUUGCCUGAGAGAAAUUGAUGAUAAAAAGAUUGUGGGGACUGUUUUGUUAGACUUCAGUGCGGCUUUUGACAUUAUCAAUCAUAGUAUGCUGCUGGAAAAACGUAUGUGUUAUGGCUUUACACCCCCUACUAUAUUGUGGAUAAAGAGUUACCUGUCUAACAGAACACAGAGGGUGUUCUUUAAUGGAAGCCUCUCCAACAUAAUCCAGGUAGAAUCAGGAAUUCCCCAGGGCAGCUGUCUAGGCCCCUUACUUUUUUCAAUCUUUACUAAUGAGUAAAGCCAGUGUGUCUAUGUAUGCGGAUGACUCAACACUAUACACAUCAGCUACUGAAAUGACUGCAACACUUAACAUAAGCUGCAGUUAGUUUCAGAAUGGGUGGCAAAGUUUCAGAAUGGGUGGCAAGGAAUAAGUUAGUCCUAAAUAUUAAAAAAACUAAAAGCAUUGUAUUUGGGACAAAUCAUUCACUAAACCCUAAACCUCAACUAAACCUUGUAAUGAAUAAUGUGGAAAUUGAGCAAGUUGAGGUGACUAAACUGCUUGGAGUAAUCCUGGAUUGUAAACUGUCAUGGUCAAAACAUGUUCAUACAACAGUAGCUAAGAUGGGGAGAAGUCUGUCCAUAAUAAAGCGCUGCUCUGCCUUCUUAACAACACUAUCAACAAGGCAGGUCCUACAGGCCCUAGUUUUGUCGCACCUGGACUACUGUUCAGUCGUGUGGUCAGGUGCCACAAAGAGGGACUUAGGAAAAUUACAAUUGACUCAGAACAGGGCAGCACGGCUGGCCUUAAAUGUGCAUGGGGCGUUAACAUUAAUUAUAUGCAAUCUCUCAUGACUCAAAGUGGAGGAGAGAUUGACUUCAUCACUACUUGUUUUUGUAAGAAGUGUUGACAAGCUGAAUGCACCAAGCUGUCUGUUUAAACUACUAGCACACAGCUCGGCCACCCAUGCAUACCCCACAAGACAUGCCACCAGAGGUCUCUUCACAAUCCCCAAGUCCAGAACGGACUAUGGAAGGCGCACAGUACUACAUAGAGCCAUGACUACAUGGAACUCUAUUCCACAUCAGGUACCUGAUGCAAGCAGUAGAAUCAUUUAAUCCAAUUGGAUGAUAACUUGUUUUUAACUAGGACAGAGGAAUUUAUAACUUAUUUUUUCAGACAUAACAUAGGUACAGCACAAAUCCCCUUAUUGUAUGGGACACCUUUAAAUGUGCCUUUAGAGGCCAUGCAAUUCAGUACUCAUCUCGAAAACAAAAUCAAUUUAGGUCAAAAGAGUCCACACUAACAAAGGAAAUAGAAGGUCUAACCGAACAGAUAGAUAGCAAUAAAAACUGUAACAUAGAGGCUCAGAAUAAAUUAGAGGGAAAAAAUAAAUAAAUGGAGAAACUUAUUCAAGAAAGAUCAAGUGUAAUAUAUUAUAAAAAUUAAGCAAACUGGAUGGAAUAUGGGGAAGAAUGCACAGUUCUUUUUUAAUCUUCAACAUAGGAAUGCUACCUAAAAUAAUUUAUUGAAACUGAUUACAAAUGACGGAGUCACCCAUGAUUCACCAAAUGAUAUUUUGAAGGAGGAAACAAAGUAUUUUAAGCACAUGUUUUCGUUUCAGUCGCCUCCAUUUUCUCUAACUGAAGCAAAUUGUAGAGAUUUUUUCCCUAUUGAUAAUGUAAAAUUAAUAGCCAUACAGAAAGACUCAUGUGAAGGUGAAAUUACAGAGGAGGAACUUCUGGAUGCAAUUAAAGACUAAAGUCCGGUAAAACUCCAGGGUUGGAUGGCAUACCAGUCGAGGUAUACCAAACCUUUUUUGAUAUACACAGAGGACCGUUAUUAGCAUGUUUUAACCACUCCUAUGUAAAUGGUAGAUUAUCCGACACUCAAGAAGGUCUGAUUUCAUUAUUACUGAAACAGGAUACUAGUGGAAAAUAUAAAGAUCCAGUCCAUUAAAAAAAUUGGCGGCCCCUUACACUUCAGUGUUGUGAUGCAAAAAUUAUAGCAAAAUGUAUAGCACAUUAGAAUUAAAAAGGUAAUGUCGGACAUUAUUCAUUCUAAUCAGACAGGUUUUUUACAUGGGGCGAUACAUUGGAGAUAAUAUAAGGCAAGUACUGGAAACAAUAGAACAUUGAAAAAUCUGGGAAACCAGGCCUACUAUUAAUAGCAGACUUCGAAAAGGCAUUUGAUAAAGUACAACUGGGGUUUAUAUAUAAAUGCCUGGAGCAUUUCAAUUUUGGACAAUCUCUUAUAAAUUGGGUUAAAAUCAUGUAUAGUAACCCUAGGUGUAAAAUAGUAAAUAAUGGCUAUUUCUCAGAAAGUUUUAAACUGUCAAGAGGAGUGAAAUGAGGUUGUCCACUAUCGGCAUAUCUAUUUAUUAUUGCCAUCGAGAUGUUAGCUAUUAAAAUCAGAUCCAACAAUAAUAUCAAGGGAUUAGAAAUCCAGGGCUUAAAAACGAAGGUGUCAUUGUACGCUGAUGAUUCAUGUUUUCUUUUACAGUGGGGAAAAAAAGUAUUUAGUCAGCCACCAAUUGUGCAAGUUCUCCAACUUAACAAGAUGAGAGAGGCCUGUAAUUUUCAUCAUAGGUACACGUCAACUAUGACAGACACAUAGAGAUUUUUUUUCUCCAGAAAAUCGCAUUGUAGGAUUUUUUAUGAAUUUAUUUGCAAAUUAUGGUGGAAAAUAAGUAUUUGGUCACCUACAAACAAGCAAGAUUUCUGGCUCUCACAGACCUGUAACUUCUUCUUUAAGAGGCUCCUCUGUCCUCCACUCGUUACCUGUAUUAAUGGCACCUGUUUGAACUUGUUAUCAGUAUAAAAGACACCUGUCCACAACCUCAAACAGUCACACUCCAAACUCCACUAUGGCCAAGACCAAAGAGCUGUCAAAGGACACCAGAAACAAAAUUGUAGACCUGCACCAGGCUGGGAAGACUGAAUCUGCAAUAGGUAAGCAGCUUGGUUUGAAGAAAUCAACUGUGGGAGCAAUUAUUAGGAAAUGGAAGACAUACAAGACCACUGAUAAUCUCCCUCGAUCUGGGGCUCCACGCAAGAUCUCACCCCGUGGGGUCAAAAUGAUCACAAGAACGGUGAACAAAAAUCCCAGAACCACACGGGGGGACCGAGUGAAUGACCUGCAGAGCGCUGGGACCAAAGUAACAAAGCCUACCAUCAGUAACACACUACGCUGCCAGGGACUCAAAUCCUGCAGUGCCAGACGUGUCCCCCUGCUUAAGCCAGUAUAUGUCCAGGCCCGUCUGAAGUUUGCUAGAGUGCAUUUGGAUGAUCCAGAAGAGGAUUGGGAGAAUGUCAUAUGGUCAGACGAAACCAAAAUAGAACUUUUUGGUAAAAACUCAACUCGUCGUGUUUGGAGGACAAAGAAUGCUGAGUUGUUUUGUUAUUGACCAAAGACUUAUUUUCCACCAUCAUUUGCAAAUAAAUUCAUAAAAAAUCCUACAAUGUGAUUUUCUGGAGAAAAAAAAUCUCAAUUUGUCUGUCAUAGUUGACGUGUACCUAUGAUGAAAAUUACAGGCCUCUCUCAUCUUUUUAAAUGGGAGAACUUGCACAAUUGGUGGCUGACUAAAUACUUUUUUCCCCCACUGUAAAAUCCUUAAAAGAUACCAAAUUCUGGUAGUUUACUGGUAAACUUUGAACGUUUCCAGUAAUAUACAGUGCCUUCCACAUUUUGUUGUGUUACAGCCUGAAUUCAAAAUUGAUUCACAUUUUUUUUUCUCACCCAUCUACACACAAUACCCCAUAAUGAUAAAGUGAAAACAUGUUUUUAGAAAAUGUGGCAAAUUUAUUGAAAAUGAAAUACACAUAUCCAAUUUACAUAAGUAUUCACACCCCUGAGUCAAUACUUUGUAGAAGCACCUUUGGCAGUGAUUACAGUUGAGUCUUUCAACGCCAGGGUUGUGGGUUCGAUUCCCACGGGGGGGCAGUAUGAUUAUUAUUUUUAUUUUUUAUGUAUGCACUCACUAACUGUAAGUCGCUCUGGAUAAGAGUGUCUGCUAAAUGACUAAAAUGUAAAUGAAUCUAACGGUUUCUUGUUGUAUUUGUUGCAAUUUAAUCAAUUAAUGUUACCACACUAUUUUGUUAAUGUAGGCCUAUGAAGCACUGUUGGCCAACUGGUACAACAUUAGGCCUAUGUUAUUACAAUCUAGUGAAAACUACAUUAGCUUUAGCCCUUUGACCGAAAUAUGCAGUUUAGUCCUUUUCUCUUUGAAGGUUGUGGGCGUUUUUUUACUUUAUGAUAACCCUCUUAUUGUGGGGAUUUUGUCAGAGGGAACAAAGUCUACAUAUCUGAUUCUCCGCUAAUCAAAUAGAUAAGCAGUAGCGGAGAUUCAGCACCAUGGACAGCACUGCGGUUGAUCAAUUGCCCGCGAAUCUAAACCCGCCGUGAAUUAUGUGCCAAUCUAAGGUAGGCUUACAUGAAAGAAAAGAGAAAACCGCACACUGCUCUUGCUAGUAUCACUGUUCUUUAUUAAGCUACGUAUCGGUCUCAAAGCCUUUGUCACUUAUGUAGACAUUGCUCCACCCACAUCCGUUCAGUGCAUCGAAUGGGGUUGGAGUCAAGGACAAAUAAAAAUGUGUUACCAAAUAUAACAAUGUGCAUUUCAUAAAUAUUCAAAUAAAGUAUGUACAUAAAACAUAUUAAACACGUCUGUAAAACCACAAUGAGGACAUCAACCUAUCAAGCAAGUUUUCAUGAAUCAUUGGGUACAGUUCAGGAUAAAAACAUCAGAGUAGGCUGAAGUGGUUUUAAUGACAAGGCAUUAGUUCAUGUUAGGGUUGAAUAUUUUCCCGGUAUUUUACAAAUGUUCCAUCCCAAGAAUAAAUCACUUUUCUCCUGGGUCACCCGGUAUUUUCCGCCAAAACCGGAAGUGUCAUUCAAAAGUAUAAUAAAGCAUAUAAAUAUGUCUGGAUUUGAUUAGAGCUUUGAUCAGCAUGAAAAUUCAAACUUGAUGCUACCUGAUCCUGAUGAGCCAUAUAUUAAAUACAUUUUAUGAGCCCUACAUUAACGACAUUUGAUGAGCCCAAACCCAAAAAAGCCCAAAUGAUUGUGCCAUUAUCCAAUACAUAUAUGAUAUAGGCUACUGCACAUUUCGCACGACAGAAAAACACAAAAGCACAUAGAUGUAGCUAGCUAUAUGCUCUCUUGGGUAAAUAAAUGAAACUAGCUCCAGUAAGCUAAUCUUUUUGAGUGUGAACUGUAUUACUUUAUUGUAUUACAGUGGGGGAAAAAAGUAUUUAGUCAGCCACCAAUUGUGCAAGUUCUCCCACUUAAAAAGAUGAGAGAGGCCUGUAAUUUUCAUCAUAUGUACACGUCAACUAUGACAGACAAAAUGAGGAAAAAAAAUCCAGAAAAUCACAUUGUAGGAUUUUUUAUGAAUUUAUUUGCAAAUUAUGGUGGAAAAUAAGUAUUUGGUCAAUAACAAAAGUUUCUCAAUACUUUGUUAUAUACCCUUUGUUGGCAAUGACACAGGUCAAACGUUUUCUGUAAGUCUUCACAAGGUUUUCACACACUGUUGCUGGUAUUUUGGCCCAUUCCUCCAUGUUGAUCUCCUCUAGAGCAGUGAUGUUUUGGGGCUGUCGCUGGGCAACACGGACUUUCAACUCCCUCCAAAGAUUUUCUAUGGGGUUGAGAUCUGGAGACUGGCUAGGCCACUCCAGGACCUUGAAAUGCUUCUUACGAAGCCACUCCUUCGUUGCCCGGGCGGUGUGUUUGGGAUCAUUGUCAUGCUGAAAGACCCAGCCACGUUUCAUCUUCAAUGCCCUUGCUGAUGGAAGGAGGUUUUCACUCAAAAUCUCACGAUACAUGGCCCCAUUCAUUCUUUCCUUUACACGGAUCAGUCGUCCUGGUCCCUUUGCAGAAAAACAGCCCCAAAGCAUGAUGUUUCCAUCCCCAAGCUUCACAGUAGGUAUGGUGUUCUUUGGAUGCAACUCAGCAUUCUUUGUCCUCCAAACACGACGAGUUGAGUUUUUACCAAAAAGUUAUAUUUUGGUUUCGUCUGACCAUAUGACAUUCUCCCAAUCCUCUUCUGGAUCAUCCAAAUGCACUCUAGCAAACUUCAGACGGGCCUGGACAUGUACUGGCUUAAGCAGGGGUACACGUCUGGCACUGCAGGAUUUGAGUCCCUGGCGGCGUAGUGUGUUACUGAUGGUAGGCUUUGUUACUUUGGUCCCAGCUCUCUGCAGGUCAUUCACUAGGUCCCCCCGUGUGGUUCUGGGAUUUUUGCUCACCGUUCUUGUGAUCAUUUUGACCCCACGGGGUGAGAUCUUGCGUGGAGCCCCAGAUCGAGGGAGAUUAUCAGUGGUCUUUAUAUGUCUUCUAUUUCCUAAUAAUUGCUCCCACAGUUGAUUUCUUCAAACCAAGCUGCUUACCUAUUGCAGAUUCAGUCUUCCCAGCCUGGUGCAGGUCUACAAUUUUGUUUCUGGUGUCCUUUGACAGCUCUUUGGUCUUGGCCAUAGUGGAGUUUGGAGUGUGACUGUUUGAGGUUGUGGACAGGUGUCUUUUAUACUGAUAACAAGUUCAAACAGGUGCCAUUAAUACAGGUAACGAGUGGAGGACAGAGGAGCCUCUUAAAGAAGAAGUUACAGGUCUGUGAGAGCCAGAAAUCUUGCUUGUUUGUAGGUGACCAAAUACUUAUUUUCCACCAUAAUUUGCAAAUAAAUUCAUUACAAAUCCUACAAUGUGAUUUUUUGGAUUUUCUUUUCUCAAUUUGUCUGUCAUAGUUGACGUGUACAUAUGAUGAAAAUUACAGGCCUCUCUCAUCUUUUUAAGUGGGAGAACUUGCACAAUUGGUGGCUGACUAAAUACUUUUUUUCCCCACUGUAUAUGGACUGGAAUUACGCAUGUCGUUCAAACCAUGAUAAAGCAAACAAGAACAUGCGAUUCUGGGGCAGCACAUGCGGCCUACAAAGUUACAAGUGUAGGCUAGCGAAUUUGAUUUUAAUUUUGAAAUAUAAAAGGGCUUUCGGAAAGUAUUUAGACCCCUUGACUUUUCCCACAUUUUGUUACGUUACAGCCUUAUUCUAAAAUGGAUUCAAUUGUUUUUUCCCCCUCAUCAAUCUACACACAAUACCCCAUAAUGACAAAGCAAAAACGGGUUUUUAGCAAAUGUAUAAAAUAAAAAAAACGGAAAUAUUACAUUUACAUAAGUAUUCAGACCCUUUACUUAGUACUUUGUUGAAGCACCUUUGGCAGCGAUUACAGCCUCGAGUCUUCUUGGGUAUGACGCUACAAGCUUGGCACACCUGUAUUUGGGGAGUUUCUCCCAUUCUUCUCUGCAGAUCCUCUCAAGCUCUAUCUGGUUGGAUAGGGAGCGUCACUGCACAGCUAUUUUCAGGUCUCUCCAGAGAUGUUGGAUUGGGUUAAAGUCCAGGCUCUGGCUGGGCCACUCAAGGACAUUCAGAGACUUGUACCGAAGCCACUCCUGCACUGUCUUGGCUGUGUGCUUAUGGUCGUUGUCCUGUUGGAAGGUGAACCUUCACCCCAGUCUGAGAUCCUGAGCGCUCUGGAGAAGGUUUUCAUCAAGGAUCUCUCUGUACUUUGCUCCGUUCAUCUUUCUCUCGAUCCUGACUAGUCUCCCAGUCCCUGCCGCUGAAAAACAUCCCCACAGCAUGAUGCGUCCACCACCAUGCUUCACCGUAGGGAUAGUGCCUCGUUUCCUACAGACGUGACGCUUGGCAUUCAGGCCAAAGAGUUCAAUCUUGGUUUCAUCAGACCAGAGAAUCUUAUUUCUUAUGGUCAGAGUCCUUUAGGUGCCUUUUGGAAAACUCCAAGUGGGCUGUCAUGUGCCUACUACUGAAGAGUGGCUUUCGUCUACCAUAAAGGCCUGAUUGGUGGAGUGCUGCAGAGAUGGUUGUUCUUCUGGAAGGUUCUCCCAUCUCCACAGAGGAACUCUGGAGCGCUGUCAGAGUGACCAUCAGGUUCUUGGUCACUUCCCUGACCAAGACCCUUCGCCUCCGAUUGCUCAGUUUGGCCGGGGGGGCAGCUCUAGGAAGAGUCUUGGUGGUUCUAAACUUCUUCCAUUUAAGAAUGAUUUUUAUUUGGUACUCUUCCCCAGAUCUGUGCCUCGACAGCAUCCUAUCUUGGAGCUCUAUGGACAUCUUGGCUUGGUUUUUGCUCUGACGUGCACUGUCAUCUGUGGGACCUUUUUAUAGACAGGUGUGUGCCUUUCCAAAUCAUGUCCAAUCAAUUGAAUUUACCACAGGUGGACUCAAAUCAAGUUGUAGAAACAUCUCAAGGAUGAUCAAUGGAAUCAGGAUGCACCUGAGCUCAAUUUUGAGUCUCAUAGCAAAGGGUCUGAAUACUUAUGUAAAUGAGGUAUUUCUGUUUUUAAAAAUGAGCAUAAAUGGCCUAAAAGUUAUUUUCACUUUGUCAUUAUGGGGUAUUGUUUGUAGAUUGAUGAGGAACAUUUUUUAUUUAAUCCAUUUCAGAAUAAGGCUGUAAUGUAACAAAAUGUGGAAAAAGUGAAGGGGUCUGAAUACUUUCCGAAUGUACUGUAUAUAGCCUACCUUUCAUAAUAUUUCUCUCUAUUGUUGCUUCAUUCCUUCCUCGCUUUCAACAGUUAAAUGAAAUACAUUUUGUUGUCCUAUCAUUCUAAUGACCUCCUUGAAUAAUAUAGGACUAGAAUUAGAUGCAGAAAGCUUUCACUUCUCUUCAUGAAGGUUGAAUGGUUGUGGGUCUGAAUAAAUAACUGCUAUAGCCUACUUUUCCUCCUUUUCCAUCUUUCAAAUAAGUUAGUAUUGUGGAGUAACUACAAUGUUGUUGAUCCAUCCACAGUUUUCUCCUAUCACAGCCAUUAAACUGUUUUAAAGUCACAAUUGGCCUCAUGUUGAAAUCCCUGAGCGGUUUCCUUCCUCUCCGGCAACUGAGUUAGGAAGGACGCCUGUAUCUUUGUAGUGACUGGGUGUAUUGAUACACCAUCCAAAGUGUAAUUAAUAACUUCACCAUGCUUAAAGGGAUAUUCAAUGUCAGCUUUUUUUUUUUUUUUUUUUUACCCAUCUACCAGUAGGUGCCCUUCUUUGUGAGGCAUUGGAACACCUCCCUGGUUGAAUCUGUGUUUUGAAAUUCUCUACUUGACUGAGGGACCUUACAGAUAAUUGUAUGUGUGGGGUACAGAGAUGAGGUAGUCAUUCUAAAAUCAUGUUAAACACUAUGAUUGCACACAGAGUGAGUCCAUGCGACUUAUUAUGUGACAUGUUAAGCACAUUUUUACUACUGAACUAAUUUUUGACUUGCCAUAACAAAGGGCUAGAAUACUUAUUGACUCAAGACAUUUCAGAUUUUAAUUUGAAAAUUAAAAAUAAACAAAUUUCCACUUUGAUAUUAUGGGGUAUUGUAUGUAGGCCAGUGACCAAAAAAAUCUAAAUUUAAGCCAUUUAAAAUUCUGUCUGUAACACAACAAAAUGUGGAAAAAUUCAAGGCACAGUACCCUCUCUUUGCAACCCUAAGGUAAUACUAUAAUAGAAACAUAAGCUAAGUGAUGUAAUGUUACAGUAUGUGAUUGUUUCACUCUGUAUAGAUCUGUCAUGCCUUUACCUUAUGGCACCUCUCUCCCCAGCCGGACAGCCUACUCCUAUAACCCUGAGGCCCAGCUGUAUGGACAAGGUAGUGGAGGAGCCUACUUUGACUCUCAGGGUGGGGGUGCCCAGGUCACCACGGUGGUCUCUUCGGCCGGCGGCGGGCCGCCCCACGGUAUGGUGGGCAUCACCAUGGAUGUGGGCGGCAGUCAGAUCAUCUCUGGCGGCAGCACCUACCUGAUCCACGGCGGGGGCAUGGAUGGGGGUCGCCACCACGCCUCACACUCCUCCCGCUCCUCCUCUGCUAUGGUGAGCACCUUGGAUGGGUUACAUAUACUCUGUGUCCUUGUUGGCUGUUUGUUAGGAUUUAGUAGGGAGAAUGAUGUUUCCAGUCCAGUAGGUUUCUCAGUGAAAUUAUUGUGAUGUGACUAUGUAAAUCCAUCAAACAUUAUGGAAUAGUAGAGGCACCAACAAUUGAGAAAUGAAUGCCCAUUUCUGAGAGUCAGUAAUUCCAAAUCAUUACAUACACGAGGGAUGGUUUAUGGUUGCCAUUACUAAACAGCUUUUUAAGCUGCUGAGCCUCAGGGAAACCUGAGUAUGGGAUGGGCCUCAACCUCCCCAGUGCCCCAUGGCGUUACGGGAAGAGCAGGACAGGGGACGCAGGGCGCAGGCUGGCUUAAAUAAUUCAGUGCUGCCUUGUUUUAGAGUUUUUCACAGGCACUUGAGCGCCCUGCGAAACAAAGCAACCCCUCGGCCUCAUUACCAUUUGGCCAACAGCCCUUGGGAGCCUUUUUAAAGCCUUGGAACGAUGCCUGCUCUUUUUCUUCUCAGGUUUGGCCACUAUACCACGCAUCUUUCUGUGGGUGUCUUUUCCCCCCCCCCCCCCCCCCCCUCUUUAAAGCAAACCCAGCCCCUGGUUUUAUCAUUCACUAUGCCCACUAGUUUAACCUCUUUCUAUUUUCUCUAGUCCAUGAUACUGCAGAAAAGUAUUUAAAUGAUCUGGUAAAUUCAUUGAAAUGGUUCCUUUGGGAUAACAAACGGAAAGAAAAGAGGGGGAUUAUAUGGAAAUCUAUAUCUCCUGUAAGAUGUAUUUUGUAUUAGGCCAGUCCUUGUCUUGAAUUGGUUGCAACAGUGACCGACCGUUACAUAUAACUAGUCAUGUUUUGCAUUGUGUGAUGAUUUUUUUUUGGGGGGAAAGGUGGAAUUUGUCAACUCAUUGUCAUUGAGCAUGGUGUUAACGUGGCCCUGUUUGCGGAGCUAUUUGCAUAGUGUCAAACCAGGAAGGCCUUCAGUUAGCAGCUUAACCCCUUGAGACCCCCUCAUUUGCAUGCUUUUGUCAGCCAAUAAUGAAUUUGGCCGCAACACUGACUGACUGAGUGUAAUAGAAAUGCAGAGAUCUGGCUGCAGCUAACCGUCUUAUUUCCUUUCUGUUUAGUGAUUUUGUUUUCCCUGUCUACCCCCCUUCACCUCAACUCCUCUCUCCCUCUCUUUUUCGUUUCCCUCCUUUUUUGCUUCCUCACAUUUAAUACUUUUUUUUGCAUGCUCCUUUUUUUUCUUUAGCUUGAAAUGGCGAUUGAAAACCUCCAAAAGUCUGAAGGGAUUGCAACUCACAAAAGCAGCCUGCUCAACAGCCAUGUAAGUCAACCAGGAACUUUCUUUGAAAAGGACUAGAAAGGCCCGCCUUUGUCUCCCUGGCUGUGGGCUACACUACCACUUGUCACUGUGAUCUCUUCUCUUACUGCUGAAGGGACCAUACUGACAGACUUCUGCUAAUGCUAGCCUCACUGUGCUGUGGCCCAAAACACUACAUUGUCGUCUGACCAUAGGCUUUCCUUGCAUUUGCUGCCAUUUGUUGCUCAACCACAACUUGUUGAUUGGGAGACUUGCUGCUGGCUGGGCUUGCCUUGGCCAUGUUUUGACAGAAGCUAUGCAUAUUUAACCUCUUGCGUUUUCAGAUUCCACAUGAUGACCGCUAUGUGAUUGUUAUAGCCACACAACGCCCUCCCCCCUUUUCAACUGUCAGGGAACCAGACACACGCACACAUGCACAAGCGAAUCAAGACACACACUCACUAUUUGUCAACAAUUACAUGUUGUAUAAUGUGAGCCGGCGUGUUGGCAACAGCGACACACAUCUCCAUAAUAACAGAGUGCUAUGGUAAUGAGAUGCAGUACUACUUGACUACUUUACCAGAGCUGCCAUUUAAACCAGCUAUUUCAUUGGACGCUAGGGGAUUCUUCUCCAUUCCCGCUCUUAACCCUUGGUCACCUAUCUAGAAUCUCUAUAUUAUCAAGCAGCUCCUGACAGUUAUAUUAUUGUCAUCAAGUCUCUAGUCCACUUCAUGCUGUGUCUGCCACACUCAGUCUGGCCACCCUGUAAAUAGAGAUAAAUAUCCAUGCCCACAGCUUGUAUUUAUUUUCCAACUGCCGAUCAUCAUCCUUUUACCUCUCCACCAUUCACCAUCCACACAGACAGGGAAGUCCUCUCUAUUGGAGAAUAGGGCGAGCAGGGUUCUAUAUUGCUCUAGUCCACAGGUAUAAUAUGUGGUCUUCUGAUGAGGCAAUGAAUGAGCAAUUAUCACGUCAAAUACACUCAUUCACCCCCCCGACAAUUUUAAGCCAACAUCUACAUUCUCUCCCUCAUGUUUAAACUCACUAAACAGGUGUGUGUGUGUGUGUGUGUGUGUGUGUGUGUACGUGUACCUGUGUGUGUUUCUGCUCUCCUUUGAUGUGAUAAUAGAAGGCAGUGCUCUCCCUCUGGUUGGGCAGACAGCUGCAGGAUGGUGGUACUGCAGAGGAGGCUGGUAGGAGGAGCUAUAGGAGGACAAGCUCAUUGUAAUGGCUGGAAUGGAAGGAAUGGAACAGAGGCAAACACGUGGUUUCAAUAUAUUUGAUGUGUUUGAUACCGUUCCAUUUAUUCCAUUCCAGCUAUUACAAUGAGCCCGUCCUCCUAUAGCUCCUCCCACCAGCCUCCUCUGAGGUACUGUAAGGAUCAGAGUGCAGCAGUAGGUGGGACUGACGGUGUGUCUCUGUGCUGGGUGUGUGUGUAGCUGCAGUGGCUGCUGGAUAACUAUGAGACAGCGGAGGGAGUGAGCCUGCCCCGGAGCUCCCUCUACAACCACUACUUGCGCCACUGUCAGGAGCAGAAACUGGACCCGGUCAACGCUGCCUCCUUCGGGAAACUCAUCCGCUCCGUCUUCAUGGGCCUCAGGACCCGCCGCCUCGGCACUAGGUAUGACCAUGAUGGUGAUGAAGAGCAGGUGUAGGAUCAUGUUAAUGAUGGAUUGGAAUGAUUGAUUGAUGAUGGUGAUAGUAUUUAUUCUGAUGAUGAUAACACCGAUUUACAAAGCUGAUUACAAUAUUUCCUUAUUAACCCCCGAUGUUCCUGUUUGUUCCAGGGGCAACUCCAAGUACCACUACUACGGCAUCAGACUGAAGCCAGACUCACCACUCAACAGACUGCAAGAGGACUCUCAGUACAUGGCCAUGAGACAGCAACCCAUGCACCAGAAACAGAGGUGAACCCUCCCGCUCACAUCCUCCACCUCUUCUCUCUUAUCUGUCCAUACUGUCUGCCAAAGCUUUGAUCCAGUUCCUUUUGAUAUUUUUUAAACAUUUGACUUCAUGUCCCCUGCCUCUGCCCACAUGACUUUUGUAGAUUUUGAAAUGCUUCUCUGCAAUUGAGUGAAACGCUGCACUCGUCCUCAUUUCAGAGACAUGGUUUAUUUAACCUCACACCUGCCUUUAUUCUCCACCCUCUUCUCCUCUCCUCGUUUGUGCUUCCUCUCCUCUCCCAGUCAUCCUUUAGUUCUUCCCAGCCCCACCCAACAUAGCUGUGCUGCCCUCUCCCCUUUCCGCAGGUUCAAGCCCCUCCAGAAGGUGGAUGGCAUGGGGGACAGCCUGUCAGGAGGCUCCCAGCACUCAGCCAGCACCCCAGAGCAGUCUGUGGCAGCCCAGAGCCAGCACCACCAGCAGUACAUCGGUAAGGAGCCACACUGACAGAGCAUCAGGUCCCCUGUACCAAAACAGAGCUCGCAUUAAUGCCAUAGUUUGUGAACACUGAGGAUAAAACCGUAAUGAUGAAGGGCUUUUAGACUGCUUGCAUGGCAGCCUAGGGUAGGGCCAGCCCAGUUUAAUCACUGGAUGCAAUAUUUAAUUAUGUCGCUUCACAGUAUUAUUAAACACCUCUUUGUCGUUGUUUGGGAUUUGACUGUGUCAUCGUGUCCGCAGAUGUGUCUCAUGUCCUGCCCCCGUUCCCCACCCCUGACAUGGGCACCCAGCCCCUCCCCGAGCGUAUCAACAUGAACGACGUGAAGAAGCUGCAGAACCUGUACAGGGACCACUGUGAGGUACGUACGACACAGCGUACGACACAGCGUACGACACAGCGUACGACACAGCGUACGACACAGCGCCAACUAGCUGCAAACUGCACUGCUCUGGUGUGGUCUGUUCUGGUGCCGCAGGCGCUGCCAGCGAGAGCGAGAGACUGCAGCCCUCAACAGGUGUCCUGUCCUAGUCGACGGCACUGCAAAUUUGAUGAAAUUAUGUAUGGGGGAAGCAACAUUUCAGAGCUGGUGCUAGAACAUCCUUAGUUACUGUUGAAUGUGACUGAAGAGAAUACCAACUCCCUGGAUGGGAUACAGUGAUGAGUGAGGGGGUGAAAUGUUUAAUGUACAUUUUUGGGGGACUUUCCAAGCUACAGAGAGAGAAGGAGAGACAGAAAGGGAGAGAGCCCUGAAAAGCUUCAUUAAAGCACUGAAGCCGUGGGUUUAUCAUAUUAUCUGUGGCCUCCCUUUGUCCAGCCACACCACGCUCCUUUUGUUCCAGUCUCCUUUCAUCUCAGCUCAGCUUUCAAGACAUGCCAAUUAACCUUUCAGCGUGCUGGGUGGACAUCUUGGUAUCUUUUUGUGCUCACCUCCCCGUGGGCCUUUGUGUUGCCUUGUCAUUGGACGGGCACAUGGGCUCCUGCCUUUGUCUGGCCGGCGCAUUUCUGUCACUCACAGCUCUCUGUGUGUUUGUGUGUGUUUAAUGUUUAUGCGCUUUUCUCUUUGUGAACAAACAACCAUCUGUUAACUUUAUACUAGGAGGUUUAUUGAUGGUAAUUGAAAUGUACAAUGCAAAUAAAGGUAACAAGCAUACAAAUCAAGGUGUAGGUCCAGGAAGAACUUAUUCCUCACCCUGCUUUUAGUGGAAAUACAGCUGUAGAUGUUGUAUUUGAACAUUUGUUCAAACAAGCAAUGCAUUAAUUAUCUAUACACAUUCAUAUUCAUUGGCUUUGGCGUCCAUACAUGCAUUUAUUAUUAUAUGUCAGUUAUUAAUAAGAGCAAAAUAUCCUGCUAUCAACCACGCCAAUGAAGCCUGCGGGUGUUGUGAGUUGAAUUAUAAAAUUAGCAAUAAAAACUCCAGCGUGGAAGGAAAUGAAUAAAUCAGUCGAAAUCACAUAAAGAAGUGUAUGUGUGUGGGGGCAGCAUUAAGGAACCUCAGUCCCAGCAUGCUCCUCUCGCUCUUUCUCUCGCUCUCUCUAGCCAUAGUUUUUAAGGCAUGCUGUUUUUCCUUUGUGUCAACUGGAGAGGUAAAACACUUGUUUGUAGGGGCAGGGGAAUUCUUCUUUUUGUUUUGGAGUUUAGUGUUUAAGCUGUUGUCCAGGGCAACGGUAAACACGGUUGCCAUAGUGAUCCUUGGAGAGGAAGCAAAAACAUAUCAUGUGAUUGAAGGAAAGCUUAUACUCUGCUGGGCUGUAACUGGAGACUGGGAGCAUGUCCUGCCAAAGGAGAAUCUCUGGGCAUGGUGUGAAGAGUGAAUAGAGACACUGUACCACUAACCACAGAGCACUGAUAGACAGAACAUACAGGAGGCUAACUGCUGCUCUGUUACUGAGGGUUGGCUGCGGCUUCACUGUCCAUAUUAUGUGAUAUUUAAACAUACCUUAGGCUAUAUCUGUGGCCAUUUUGGUGUCAUUUCAAUUAUGUUGACGUUGUCACUGUGACGAUGUCUCCUUUUAGCCCAUAAAGUUACUGGAAAAUUGUAUAGUGAGUUAGUAAAUCUUUAGUAUAGUAAAUCUGUCAUGUGGAGAUUUGAUUGGCGAGUUGAUUAGUGUGUAGUGCAUGCUUAGAACUCGGUAUGUGAGAGUUCAAACACGCAAACAGGAAUGAGGAAGUCGUGUGUGGGUGGGGAGUUGAGGCUUCCCAAUAUUACAGGGAGCAGGGAACUACACAAUUAUAGCACACACUGUAGUCCAUGUUAAAGCCAUAUUAGAGUUGAAUUAGUAGUAAAUAUCACUCUCAAAUAUGAUCUGUUCUGGUUUGGGAUCAAUGGGUUGGAAGGAAGGCAGCGUUUAGCUUGGCAUCAGCCUCUAACCAUGAGGGCUCAGUCGGGAGGCUGCUACAGAGAAACUUUGUUGUGUGUCUGGUUGCCAUGGCUCAGCUCUGUGUUUUGUCCUCCCCUUCUCCCCUCCUCCUCCUCUCCCGUAGGCUACUCUGGAUGUGGUGAUGAACCUCCAGUUCCACUACAUUGAGAAGCUGUGGCAGACCUUCUGGUAUUCAACAGCACCAUCUAGUGACGGAACCACCACCAUCCCCAACAGGUCAGACAACUGAGAGGAUUGAGAAAGUAAUAUUUGAAUUAGGAAAAUGCAUGUACACUGCUCAAAAAAACAAAGGGAACACUUAAACAACACAAUGUAACUCCAAGUCAAUCACACUUCUGUGAAAUCAAACUGUCCACUUAGGAAGCAACACUGAUUGACAAUACAUUUCACAUGCUGUUGUGCAAAUAGAAUAGACAACAGGUGGAAAUUAUAGGCAAUUAGCAAGACACCCCCAAUACAGGUUUUGCAGGUGGUGACCACAGACCACUUCUCAGUUCCUAUGCUUCCUGGCUGAUGUUUUGGUCACUUUUGAAUGCUGGCGGUGCUUUCACUCUAGUGGUAGCAUGAGACGGAGUCUACAACCCACACAAGUGGCUCAGGUAGUGCAGCUCAUCCAGGAUGGCACAUCAAUGCGAGCUGUGGCAAGAAGGUUUGCUGUGUCUGUCAGCUAUCAGGAGACAGGCCAGUACAUCAGGAGACGUGGAGGAGGCCGUAGGAGGGCAACAACCCAGCAGCAGAACUGCUACCUCCGCCUUUGUGCAAGGAGGAGCAGGAGGAGCACUGCCAGAGCCCUGCAAAAUUACCUCCAGCAGGCCACAAAUGUGCAUGUGUCUGCUCAAACGGUCAGAAACAGACUCCAUGAGGGUGGUAUGAGGGCCCGACGUCCACAGGUGGGGGUUGUGCUUACAGCCCAACACCGUGCAGGACGUUUGGCAUUUGCCAGAGAACACCAAGAUUGGCAAAUUCGCCACUGGCGCCCUGUGCUCUUCACAGAUGAAAGCAGGUUCACACUGAGCACAUGUGACAGACGUGACAGAGUCUGGAGACGCCGUGGAGAACGUUCUGCUGCCUGCAACAUCCUUCAGCAUGACCGGUUUGGCGGUGGAUCAGUCAUGGUGUGGGGUGGCAUUUCUUUGGGGGGCCGCACAGCCCUCCAUGUGCUCGCCAGAGGUAGCCUGACUGCCAUUAGGUACCGAGAUGAGAUCCUCAGACCCCUUGUUAGACCAUAUGCUGGUGCAGUUGGCCCUGGGUUCCUCCUAAUGCAAGACAAUGCUAGACCUCAUGUGGCUGGAGUGUGUCAGCAGUUCCUGCAAGAGGAAGGCAUUGAUGCUAUGGACUGGCCCGCCCGUUCCCCAGACCUGAAUCCAAUUGAGCACAUCUGGGACAUCAUGUCUCGCUCCAUCCACCAACGCCACGUUGCACCACAGACUGUCCAGGAGUUGGCGGAUGCUUUAGUCCAGGUCUGGGAGGAGAUCCCUUAGGAGACCAUCCGCCACCUCAUCAGGAGCAUGCCCAGGCGUUGUAGGGAGGUCAUACAGGCACGUGGAGGCCACACACACUACUGAGCCUCAUUUUGACUUGUUUUAAGGACAUUACAUCAAAGUUGGAUCAGCCUGUAAUGUGGUUUUCCACUUUAAUUUUGAGGGUGACUCCAAAUCCAGACCUCCAUGGGUUGAUACAUUUGAUUUCCAUUGAUAAUUUUUGUGUGAUUUUGUUGUCAGCACAUUUAACUAUGUAAAGAAAAAAGUAUUUAAUAAGAUUAUUUCAUUCAUUCAGAUCUAGGAUGUGUUAUUUUGGUGUUCCCUUUAUUUUUUUGAGCAGUGUAUGUUUUCUGUGAUUGAAAACGGUGCUUUUAGUGAUUGUAUGCCGUGUGUGUGUGUGUACAGUGAUGAGGACAUGGAGGGGGUGAUCCCCAGGGAGAAGCUGAUGGCUCUGUGCAAGUAUGAGCCUGUCAAGCUGUGGAUGAGGAGCUGUGACCACAUCCUGUACCAGGCCCUGGUGGAGAUCCUCAUCCCUGACGUGCUGCGCCCUGUCCCCAGUCAGUACACCUGCCUAACUUCAGCAUUACUACAGUCGUGGUCAAAAGUUUUGAGAAUGACACAAGUAUUGGUCUUCACAAAGUUUGCUGCUUCAGUGUUUUUAGAUAUUUUUGUCAGAUGUUACUAUGGUAUACUGAAGUAUAAUUACAAGCAUUCCAUAAGUGUCAAAGGCUUUUAUUGACAAUUACAUUAAGUUUAUGCAAAGAGUCAAUAUUUGCAGUGUUGACCCUUCUUUUUCAAGACCUCUUCAAUCUGCCCUGGCAUGCUGUCAAUUAACUUCUGGGCCACAUCCUGACUGAUGGCAGCCCAUUCUUGCAUAAUCAAUGCUUGGAGUUUGUGGGUUUUUGUUUGUCCACCCGCCUCUUGAGGAUUGACCACAAGUUCUCAAUGGGAUUAAGGUCUGGGGAGUUUCCUGGCCAUGGACCCAAAAUGUCGAUGUUUUGUUCCCCGAGCCACUUAGUUAUCACUUUCGCCUUAUGGCAAGGUGCUCCAUCAUGCUGGAAAAGGCAUUGUUCGUCACCGAACUGUUCUUGGAUGGUUGGGAGAAGUUGCUCUCGGAGGAUGUGUUGGUACCAUUCUUUAUUCAUGGCUGUGUUCUUAGGCAAAAUUGUGAGUGAGCCCACUCCCUUGGCUGAGAAGCAACCCCACACAUGAAUGGUCUCAGGAUGCUUUACUGUUGGCAUGACACAGGAUUGAUGGUAGCGCUCACCUUGUCUUCUCCGGACAAGCUUUUUUCCGGAUGCCCCAAACAAUCGGGAAGGGGAUUCAUCAGAGAAAAUGACUUUACCCCAGUCCUCAGCAGUCCAAUCCCUGUACCUUUUGCAGAAUAUCAGUCUGUCCCUGAUGUUUUUCCUCGAGAGAAGUGGCUUCUUCGCUGCCCUUCUUGACACCAGGCCAUCCUCCAAAAGUAUUCGCCUCACUGUGCAUGCAGAUGCACUCACACCUGCCUGCUGCCAUUCCUGAGCAAGCUCUGCACUGGUGGUGCCCCGAUCCCGCAGCUGAAUCAACUUUAGAAGACGGUCCUGGCGAUUGCUGGACUUUCUUGGGCGCCCUGAAGCCUUCUUCACAACAAUUGAACUUCUCUCCUUGAAGUUCUUGAUGAUCCGAUAAAUGGUUGAUUUAGGUGCAAUCUUACUAGCAGCAAUAUCCUUGCCUGUGAAGCCCUUUUUGUGCAAAGCAAUGAUAACGGCACAUGUUUCCUUGCAGGUAACCAUGGUUAACAGAGGAAGAACAAUGAUUUCAAGCACCACCCUCCUUUUUAAAGCUUCCAGUCUGUUAUUCUAACUCAAUCAGCAUGACAGAGUGAUCUCCAGCCUUGUCCUCGUCAACACUCUCACCUGUGUUAACGAGAGAAUCACUGACAUGAUGUCAGCUGGUCCUUUUGUGGCAGGGCUGAAAUGCAGUGGAAAUGUUUUUUGGGGGAUUAAGUUCAUUUUCAUGGCAAAGAGGGACUUUGCAAUUAAUUGCAAUUCAACUGAUCACUCUUCAUAACAUUCUGGAGUAAAUGCAAAUUGCCAUCAUAAAAAUUGAGGCAGCAGACAUUGUGAAAAUUAAUAUUUGUGUCAUUCUCAAAACUUUUGACCACGACUGUACAUGAUCAUAACAUUAUCAUUACCACAUUAUCGCACUCAAUGGUCAGUGACUUUUAUUUCAGCUCUGUUUUUGUAUUGCAGGUACUCUCACUCAGGCUAUUCGCAACUUUGCCAAGAGUCUGGAGGGCUGGCUGACCACAGCCAUGAGCGACUUUCCCAAUGAGAUUGUCCGCACCAAGGUACAAAACACCCUCCAACACCCUCGUAGUCUUUCUGGGGACAGCUGAACUCCCAGAUAUACAUUACACGCGGUACAUUCCCAGGUGAAGUUAACCAUCUCUCUUGUAUGUCCUGUAGGCGGCGGUGGUGAGUGCGUUUGCUCAGACCUUGCGUCGGUACACCUCUCUGAACCACCUGGCCCAGGCGGCCCGCGCCGUGCUGCAGAACACCUCCCAGAUCAAUCAGAUGCUCAGCGACCUCAACCGCGUCGACUUCGCCAAUGUACAGGUAGGUCCAUUCAACUAAUAAUUCCUUGGGUACAUCUUUGUUGGUAGUGUUUUCUUCCCACUAUGUGUGUGUGUGCGCGCAUUUCUGUUUGUACCUUUACCUUGUAUAUCCUCUGACUUGGUGUGUCUGUCUGUGUGUGUGUGUUGGUCUACAGGAGCAGGCGUCGUGGGUAUGCCAGUGUGACGAGACUGUGGUCCAGCGGCUGGAGCAGGACUUCAAGGUGACCCUGCAGCAGCAGAGCUCUCUGGACCAGUGGGCCGCCUGGCUGGACAACGUGGUCAACCAGGUCCUCAAGCCCCAUGAGGGCAGCCCCAGCUUCCCCAGGGCUGCAAGACAGUUCCUGCUGAAGUGGUCCUUCUACAGGUAUGGACCCUAUUGAUCUCGAUAGAUAGAUCUCGAUAGAUGGCUUGAUCUCGAUAGAUAGAUACACUACAUGACCAAAAGUAUGUGGACACCUGCUCGUCAAACAUCUCAUUCCAAAAUCAUGUGCAUUAAUAUGGAGUUGGUCCCCCCUUUUGCUGCUGUAACAGCCUCCACUCUUCUGGGAAGGCGUUCCACUAGAUGUUGGAACAUUGCUGCGGGGACUUGCUUCCAUUCAGCCACAAGAGCAUUAGUGAGAUCGGGCACUGAUGUUGGGCGAUUAGGCUUGGCUCGCUGUCGGCAUUCCAAUUCAUCCCAAAGGUGUUCGCUGGGGUUGAGGUCAGUGCUCUGUACAGACCAGUCAAGUUCUUCAACACCGAUCUCGACAAACCAUUUCUGUAUGGACCUCGCUUUGUGCACGUGGGCAUUGUCAUGCUGAAACAGGAAAGGGCCUUCCCCAAACAGUUGCUACAAAGUUGGAAGCACAGAAUCGUCUAGAAUGUCACUGUAUGCUGUAGCGUUAAGAUUUCCCUUCACUGUAACUAAGGGGCCUAGCCUGAACCAUGAAAAACAGCCCCAGACCAUUAUUCCUCCCCCACCAAACUUUACAGUUUGCACUAUGCAUUCGGGCAGGUAGCGUUCUCCUGGCAUCGGCCAAACCCAGAUUUGUCCGUCGGACUGCCAGAUGGUGAAGCGUGAUUCAUCACUCCAGAGAACGCGUUUCCACUGCUCCAGAGUCCAAUGGCGGCGAGCUUUACACCACUCCAGCCGACGCUUGGCAUUGCGCAUGGUGAUCUUAGGCUUGUGUGCGGCUGCUCGGCCGUGGAAACACAUUUCAUGAAGCAGGGCAGAAAUUUGACGAACUGACUUGUUGGAAAGGUGGCAUCCUAUGACGGUGCCACGUUGAAAGUCACUGAGCUCUUCAGUAAGGCCAAUGUUUGUCCAUGGAGAUUGCAUGACUGUGUGCUCCAUUUUAUACACCUUUCAGCUACGGGUGUGGCUGAAAUAGCCGAAUCCACUAAUGUAUAUAUGAAUGUAUGUGUGUAACUGCCAAAAUAAAGGAAACGCUUGAGUAAAUGAGGAAUACAAAUAUUUUUGAAAGCUUAAGUGCUUAGGGUCAUGUAUAAUAGAGUUCCAGACACUUGUAGAAUCUUUGCCAAGGUGCAUUGAAGCUGUUCUGGCUCGUGGUGGCCCAACACCCUAUUAAGACACUUUAUAUUGGCGUUUCCUUUAUUUUGGCAGUUACCUGUGUAUAUAUACAGUAUGCAUUUUCACUAAGGCAUGGUAGUAUUUGCAGGCUGAUGAAUGUGGUGGUUAGCUUCGUGUGGCAGGGGCAGAUUGACGCUCAGUGGGGCUGUGUUAAUGUAAUUUCUCUGAUUGCCUCCUCCCCUUCUCCAGCUCCAUGGUGAUCAGGGACUUGACCCUGCGUAGUGCCGCUAGUUUCGGCUCCUUCCACCUCAUCAGGCUGCUCUAUGACGAGUACAUGUUCUACCUGGUGGAGCACCGCGUCGCCCAGGCAACCGGAGAGACGCCCAUCGCUGUCAUGGGAGAGGUGAGUGGGCGGCCUUUCAAGUACCGGUUUCCUUGAGCUAUCAUGUGGAACUCCUGCAAAAAUAAUUAUGCAUAUUUUAUCGCACACCAGGUUCUAUGGUGAGAGUUUCUGGUUAUGAGUAAAAUGGCCUGUUGACAGCAUGUAAAUCUGUAUUAGCCCAUUACUAAUAAAAUGUCUCCUUUCUUCUGAAACACAGUUCAGUGACCUAAACUCGAUGAUGCCCAUGCUCAUGGACAAAGGUCGGUCUACUCCCCCUGGCUCCUAGUGUUUGACUUGUUAUCCCUAUGUCUCAAUGUGGUAUAAAUCUAAACCUUACCUCUUGUUAACCGCUGUUGUUCCCAUCUCAGACCCUUCCUUCUCAGACGACAUGAGUGACAUGGGCAGUGACGAGGGCCGGGGGCCCAACGAGCCGGCCGUGAAAAGGGAGAGGAUCGAAAUCAACCACUCGCUGCAGGAGAUCUGA